AUGGGUGCAGAUAACAGGCCUCGCACGCUGCAUGUCUCCCGGUCGUUCACAAGAAUGGACAACACCCCUUCGCCCAUGUCCUCUCCUAGGAAGAGAGCGAGCACCCUGCAAGAGGCUGGCAUCCCCUCCAUUCCAGAAGCACGACACAUAGCUACCUCGCCGGAGCUUGGGGGCAAGAAACCCAUGGCCGAUGUCUUUGAGAACAACGAGGAGGAUGAGCAUAUCGAGGGCGAUGGGGAGAAUACAGGCCCGGAAUUGAAUGUCCCCAGCACGUUCGACGAGUUGCCUAUCGAGAUCAAGAGCAUGUGUGAGCGGUUUCUCGAGAGUCUGUCUGCAAAAGUGCACCCAACCCCACUCAGUGCAGAACAGCUCUCGGAACUCUUUCAAGACUUCUACGAGAGGGCAUCACAGCAUGUUGCAACCCAUAUUGCAAGUCUGUCCUCUCGAAUAGGUCGAGAUACUCCCCCGGCGUCUUCAGCGAGCUCCAAUUCACGCAAACAGUUGGGCAGGUCAAGAGCAGGGUCUGGUGCAAAGAAGGGCUCGUCCGAUGACCUCGCAGGAUCUAUCGGUGGUGAGAUGCUCACAGCGUCCGAGGUGGCCGAUAGGAAGAAAGCACGCAAGUUGUUAGAGCACAAGCGAGUUGCGCUGGAAGAGGCUGUCGAGCGGGGCGUUUGUGAGAAGGUUUAUGACAAGAUAUGGAAACACAGAAGCGCGGACGACGACGCAAGAGAUGAGAAGUUACGCUCGAGAACGGCAGCUCUAUCGCUUGUGGGCAUCGGGUUGAAAGAGCUGCACAUGGAUCAGGAUCCCGCAAAAGCCGAUGUGAGGAAGACGGCGGAAGAGAGGGAAGAUGAGAUCAAUCAGUCGUUGGCAGCUGCCAGAGAGGCUUUGAUACACAUGGACGACGACCAUUAUCCUCUGGGCAAGUUGCAGCAUCUCACGGCCGCGCAUAAGAGCAUUGUCGAAACGCUCUCACAGCUCUUUCCAUCGUCCUCAUCAGCCGAUGAGAUCUUGCCAACACUCAUCUACACGUUGAUCACAUGUCCGCAAGAAGGCAUCAAUGUUGUCAGCAAUCUCAACUUCAUCCAGCGCUUCCGAACAUCCAGCAAAGUCGAUGGAGAGGCUGCUUAUUGCCUGGUCAAUCUCGAAGCGGCAAUAUCCUUCCUCGAGACAGUGGACUUGUCAUCACUCCGAGCAGACGAGCUACCACAAGGACCAGCGAAGAUGCAGAGCCGGCCAGUCACCCCAAGCGAAGGAGAUAAGCCGCCCCCAUCUCCAAGACCAGCGAUAGCACGCACCUUGACUCCAACAAUCUCACCGAUGACAGCGAACUCGAGCGACCAAAGUACACCGAACAGCACAGCCAAAGCAGCACUUCCCUCGCCUAGUAGCCCCAACCCAACCUCUCGGCCAGGCAUGCAUCAGCGCCGAAUUUCUGGCUUGAUGCAGGCUCAGGUUGAUCGCAUUGAGGCUGGAAGAGACAACUUUCUGAAUGCAGCCGACAAAUUCUACGAUUCUGUCAAUGGCACUCUCGACAACAGUCUUCAAUUCCUGUUUGGUCGGUUCAAGGAACAGGUGGCCACCAACGAUUCAGCUCUUCCCAAAACACUGGAAGACGCACGAAAGCUAGUCAGCCCACCAUCAACUGGCGAAGAUGACGAUUCGGUGUCAGUCAGUGGACGCAGCAGUCCGGGAAUUGACGAUCCUCUCAACGCCGGGAACAAGGCAUCAACAACCGACAACAAGAUGCUCGAACUGCUCGGCGGCAGAAAGCAGCUUCGAGACCGCAGCGUCGACAGUGCCCGAUCGGGUGGCAGUGGCAACGGCAGACGCGUGACAUUCGACAACAACAAGCCAGGCUCAGCAAACCCUACGAACGCCUCCCAAGGCAACCUCUUCGCAUCCAUCAACCCCCUCAACCGCUUCGGCAUGCCCAACUUCCCUCGCUUCGGCCGGGCGGGCACCAUGCCCACCCCAUCACCCCCAGCAGAGAAACCCACACCCACGAACAACGCAGCAGCAGCAGCCCGACUAAGCGACAUCGUCGAAUCCCCCGCCACGACCCUCAAACCCGGCAGCAGCGAAGCAGAAUUCGACGCCGCGUUGGAGAAGACACGAAGUCGGGAGAGUACCGUAUCCGUAUCCGGGACAGCCGGCGCGGAAGACGACGAUUUGAAUGCGAGGGAGGCGCUGGCGGGGCUGAGGAAGUUGAAGGGGCCGAAGAGGAGGUUUUUGGAUGCGAAGAGUGCGAAUGAGUUGAGGGUGGGCGAGGUGGAGGAGUUGUUGGUUGAGUAUAAACGUUUGGCGAAGGCUUUGGCGGAUGCGAUUUCGAGUUGA